CUCCCCCCCUUUUGCACUCAUAUAGGGAGGGGCCUGGGAUAAAUUGUCUGAAAGGCCCCAUUCCCCCAGGAGGUCUAUAGAGAGACAGAGGCUGGGGGUGGGAGGUGGAGUCUCCAGACUGUGUCCUGUAAAGAAAUCUGUGAAUGUAAUGAAAGAUCUGAGCCCAAGCAGAAUGGCACAUCCCGGGGAAACUGCCGCCUGCCAAACUGCCGGCUUCCUUCUCCCUGUGCACUUCUCCCCCUCGCUGCCACUGACCAUGAUGAUGAGGAUGAGGAUGAGGGUGAUGCUGGGGGGCAGAGUGCAGCCUCAGGACCCAUGAGUUCAACCACUUCUUCUUAUUGGAGGACUAUGAAUUAUCCACAGGGGAAACAUGGAGAAAAUAACGUCCGGCAUCUCCCAACUCAGCUGGAGCUCCGUGUCUCUGCCCCUGGAUGUGAUCGUCAGCAAAUUCCGACUUCCCACGCUGCUCAAACUGGGGAAAGGGGAGUAUGUGGAUGGGGUGAGGGACGAAGAUGUCAUUUUGAUUCAUUCCUGCCGACAGUGGACAACAGUGACAGCUCACAGCCUCGAGGAGGGACACUAUGUUAUAGGGCCAAAAAUAGACAUCCCUCUCCAGUAUCCAGGGAAAUUCAAGCUUCUGGACCAGGACAGGGAUGUGCGAGAGCCAGUGCAGUAUUUCAGUAGUGUAGAAGAGGUGGCCAGUGUUUUUCCUGACCGAGUCUUUGUUAUGGAAGCCAUCACCUUCAGUGUCAAGGUGGUCUCAGGGGAAUUCAGUGAAGACAGUGAGGUUUAUAACUUUACUUUGAACACUGGAGAUGAGCUGACUCUGAUGGGCCAGGCGGAAAUACUAUGUGCCAAGACAGUGAAGGAGAAGUCCCGCUUCAAUACCAUCCUUAAAAAACUGGGCAAAACGGGCACACUUGGCAAACAGGUGAAGGGAAAGAUGCCGUGUCUGAUCUGCAUGAAUCACCGCACCAAUGAGAGCCUGAGCCUUCCUUUCCAGUGCAAGGGCAAUUUUAGCACUCGUAGUCCCCUAGAGCUACAGAUGCAGGAGGGAGAGCACACUAUCCGGAGCAUCAUUGAGAAGGUGCGAUUACCUGUUAAUGUUGUAGUUCCCAGCCGCCCAGCCAGAAACCUUUAUGACCUUCACAUCAUCCGGGAAGGUCAUCGCUACAAGUUGGUGAGCAUCAUCUCCAAGACAGUGGUAUUGUGUUGCCUUUUACGUAAGGAUGAAGUGAAACCAUUCCACUUUUUGCUUCUCACUGACAUGCCCCGUUUCUCUCUCCCAGAGGGACUACUCUGUGGAGACCCUCACUUUGACAAACUUGUAAGGGAUUGUGCUAAUUUUUGCCAAGAACAUCGCUUCAACCCAGAUGAGUACUCCAAGGCUGUCCGUGAGACCAAGACUGAUUUUGCAGAGGAGUGUGCAAGUCCUCGAAAGAUCAGAGUCUGCCUUCAGGGUUUCUCUGCAGGCUCAAUCAACUAUACCCGAGAGGAGCUCAGCCAAGGCCUUCAGCGUUUAUCCCUGUGUGUCUACAGUGGAGCCCUCCCUGAGGAUCACAGUGGCCAGGACUGUCGGGAUAGUCAACACCCAGGCAUGGCUUCUUCAGACAACUCAGAAGACCAGGAAUACAUGACUCCAGAUUGGGUGGAACAGGAUUUUAGGACUCAAGAACAGCUGGAGAUCCCAUAUGAAGAACUUUGGACCAAUCAAAACUCUGAUAAUUAUUCUGAGCCCAGCAACAAACCUAUUGGUUUUGAAUGUGGCAACAAGGUCCAGCAGGACCUCAUUUCUUUUGUAACAACGUCUACAGCCUUAGAGGGGAAAAACAUUUCACCUACUCCACCAGCCUUAAAUGUUGAUGAAACAAGGACUGAAACACCCCCGCCAGUACCCCCGAAAUCUGAGGCAGUGAGAGAAGAAUGCCGCCUUCUGAAUGUGCCUCCUGUACCCCCCCGUGGAGACAGAACAUUCUCCAAUUCUAGCCCACCUGUCCCACCUCGCUUUCCAAAGACCAAGCUGUUAUCAACUCAUUCCCCCAACCCAAGUCUGUCCUAUUACUCAUCUGGACUCCAUGACAUAUCAGGCACCCGCAGUGGAAGCUGCUCUCCUUCUCCAGACUCCUAUUCCCUGUACUGCUAUCCAUGCACAUGGGGAGACUGCAAGGCUGGGGAUGUGUCCAACCGUCAGACAUCAGGGACCAUGGCCUCUACUGCCCAGCCAACUCAGACUUCAUGGUCAGACUCCUGGGCCUAUGCAGAUACUGGUCCUAGUGUGGCCAGUGGACGUUCCACUCCAUUGCUAAGCACAGACACUACGAUAAAGACCUACUACAGCUGCCCUAGGAUAAAGCCCCCACAAACGCAAAAACGCUUUGCUCCAUUUGGUGCCCUCAACCCAUUUGCCAACCCUGCCUUUUCUUCCACUCCCUCAUCCUCUGGGGAAUGGCUGGAUCCCCUAGACCACCAAAAAUCCCCUUCAUCUUCUGCAUCUGAGGCCCUUGACCCAUUUGAUGCAAACCACAGCCAGAGCACCUCAUCUGACUCUCUCUCUAUAGGAUCAGAGGUGCGCUUUGUGCCUGAGCCUGUUUUUAAAACUGGAGGCACAACCACGUGUCCCCCACCUCCUCCUAGACCUACAAAGGAGUUUGAGACGGAUAAAAUUGUUAUUAGGAGCUCAGCUCCUCUAUCUCCUACUAUUCUGAGGGGGGCAGAAGGAGGUGUCACAAGAGUGUAUCUGACUCAAGGAGUGAUAGAAGUGCCACCAAUGCCCUCUAGGAGUAACAUGGACACCUCAUCUUCUCACAGCCCUGGUGUUCCUAGACUCCCUGGGGACAUUCUAACUUGGCACCCUCCAGCAGAUCUGUCUGCUCUGUCAGUGGAAGAAGUUUCCAGAUGCCUGAGGUUUAUCGGCCUCUCCGAGGAUGUUGUGACGUUUUUUGUGCGCGAGCGAAUCGACGGCAGCAUCUUUGUUCAGCUGACCGAGGAAAUCUUGUCUGACGACUUCAAACUGACCAAGCUCCAGGUGAAAAAGAUCAUGCAGUUCAUUAAGGGGUGGAGACCCAAAAUAUGACAGAGCUCCACCAUGAACCUAUUUGAGCCUAAAGACUUGAUAAUCUUUCUCCCCAGGACCGAAUUUUGGAAAAUUCUUAACAAUGUUUAUUUUAUAGGAUAUUCCUUGUUCUUAACAAAAUGUAGGUCAUUUCCUAGGGCUACAUAGCACAAUUUGCACAAUCGAUAUCAUUAUAUGGUCAGUCCAUGGAUCAGAUCCCAUGAGGACUUUACAUGAACACUCAACAAAGUUUUCUGAAAAUCUUUAGUUUGGAAUUUUUGACCUCCUGAAUAUAAUAUAUUGACGUUUUUGUUUUGAAUAAUUCCAUCUGUCCAAGAAAACUGAUUUAGCCACAACGACAGGACUUGCAACUGUACUAAAGUAGCUUGUGCUUGAGGUCUGACCAUGAACUGUCAUUUAAUAUUAAAAGUCAGAGAAAG